AUGGCCAGCUCGUCAACGCUGUACAACUGGGAGACGGCCGUGGCGCGCGAUCCGGACCUACAGCGCAUCGACGCGUUCGUGCAGCGCACGAUCGCCAAGCUGCCGGGCGCGGCGCCGCCGUCCUCCAGCGUGGGCCGCGGCGGCUCCCGGUACGCGCCGCCAGUCAAAUCCGAACGUCCAGCACCGAGCGAUACAAGCAUGGUGUCAACGAGGACAGGCAGUAGAGCUACUGCACGUGCUCCGCCGUCCGAGGGCAGCAAUGAAAGCCCGCAGUUCAUCGACCCGAGCAGCUACCAGAGCGAGUCCUCCAGCGAGGUGGACAUGCGCGAGGUGAACCCCAUGGACGAGCUCAGCGACUUUGAGUCGGACGCGUCGCAGCAGCCGCAGCAGGAACAGCAGCAGCAGGAGCCAAUAGAGAACAACGCUGCAGCUGCAGACAACGACGUGGAGAUGGACGCAGACGCAGACGCAGAGGAGGCGGAAGAGGAGGACAAGAACACGGUGUGCGAGGUGUGCAAGAGCUCGGAGCGCGAGCGCGACAUUGUGCUCUGCGACGACUGCGACGCCGAGUACCACGUCUUCUGUCUGAGCCCGCCGCUGCCCAAGGUGCCCGAGGGCACGUGGUACUGUCCAAAGUGCCGGGUCAAGUAUCCGGAUACCGAAGCGGCUAGCGCUGCGGUGGACGUGCGGGUGAUGGCGGAGCAGCUGCGGGCUGGAGGCGCAGCAGUGGAAAAUGCUGGCGCAGUGCAGACGAACGAGACGGAGCCAGAGGCGCCGACUAGUGGCGACGUAGCGGCAGCGGAUGGAGGGGCAGAUGGACCGGCAUCAUUCCCGAUCUCUCAGGCGCUGGAAGGAAACCCAGAGUCAGCAAACGCGUUGCUCGUUCACGCGUGCAGUUGCGACGACGUCAAGUGCGCGGACGCGGAAUUCCAUGUGUUCUGUCCCCACAUGAAGCGCUUCCUGCGCAGCGUGUGUUGGGCAUCGCACAGCGACAAAUGGCGCUCCUACCGACUCGCACGGAUCACGGCCGAGCUCUUUGCGUACCACGCUAUGAACUGCAAGCUGGAGCAGUGCAAUGUCCCGCUUGCGUCAAAAUUCGUGAAGAAGAAAUCGUCUAAGGCGACGAGCGGGCGGCGUAUUAUCCAUCCCGAGGACGCUAAUAAGUAA